AUGGUUUUCAGCGCAUCUUCGCGAUGGGGUCCCCUGUCCUUCGAGCCUCCCAGCGACAUCCCCAUAUCUCAGUUCAUCCUGGAAGACCGAUGGGGCCGUCACCCGGUUGAAUCGUCACGGCCGAUGUACACUUGCGGCCUCUCAGGAAUAUCGUAUUCUGUUGACGAUGUUAAACAUCGGACCGAAGCUAUAGCAGCGUCGCUUGGAGAUGUAAUGUCCUGGUCGCCGAACAAAGGAAAUGAAUGGGACAAGGUGGUUGCCAUAUAUUCAUACAACUCUGUAAGUCCACGCUCGGGUGCCAUCUCACCGAAGUCCUACCCUGGUUACGGUAAAUCGCAGCACUCCGGCGCCGCCUCGGAUUGGGAGCAUGGCAUGGGGAAAGCCGCUAUUGAUGCUGUGCCUGUCAUGUGGGCCACACACCGUCUGUCCGGCAUUGUCACACCUGUGAAUUCCAACUCAGUCGCCCCCGAAUUAGCCAGUCAACUAAGCCAGACUGGUGCGAAAGUCCUUUUCACAUGUCUGUCCCUCCUCUCUGUCGCUGUCAUCGCUGCCGAGAAGGUCGGUAUUCCCACAGAUAGAAUCUUUCUUCUGGAUGUUGGACGAGACACUACUUCUCCAGAUAGUGAAAUUCCUCAACAAUUCAGUACCGUCGAGUCUCUUGUUCAGUGGGGCACUUCCAAGCUGCCACUAGAGCCCCUUUGUUGGAAAUUGGGACAGGGCGCUUCGCAAAUUGCCUUUGUUUGCUUCUCGAGCGGGACAUCUGGAAUGCCGAAAGGCGUGAAAAUAAGCCAUCGAAACAUCAUUGCGAAUACUAUGCAAAUUGCCGCAUCUGAGCGAGUACAGCGAUUGCCGGAUAUGACAGAGACAGCACUUGGGGUUCUGCCACAGAGCCACAUAUAUGCACUGGUGGUCAUCUGCCACGGCUGUGUUUAUCGGGGAGACGAAGUGAUUGUGCUGCCGAAAUAUGAUUUGCAAGAUAUGUUGAGGGCCGUUGUGAAGCAUCAGAUCCGAUCGCUCUUUGUGGUCCCCCCUAUUCUUCUCGACUGCAUUCGGGGCGAUGCAAAUGUCGGCAAGUAUGACCUGAGCUGCGUGGCCAACAUCUUGACAGGCGCCGCAUCCUUCAGUGCCGGGGCUUGGGCUACAAUACAAAAGAUAUUCCCAAAUGGCUUGCUGCGACAGGGUUACGGGCUUACCGAAGUGGCUGCUGUCGUGAGCACAUCGCCGAGGUUCGAUAUCUUCAACGGCUCGUCUGGCCCGCUCCUCCCAAGCGUAGAAUGCAAGGUUAUAGACCAAGACGGCAACGAACUUACCGGUCUUGACCAGGCGGGUGAGCUGUGGGUACGAUCACCAAGCCUGGCCGCGGGUUACUUGAACAACGAAGAAGCCACAAGAGAGACUUUCGUUGAUGGCUGGAUGCGAACUGGCGACAAGGGUCUUUUUCGACUGAGCCCAGGAGGGGUCGAGAAUGUGUUUGUGAUAGACCGAAUUAAAGAGCUCAUCAAGGUAAAGAGCAUGCAGGUUGCGCCAGCGGAGUUGGAGGCUCAUGUACUAGAGCACCCGGAUGUUGCAGACGCUGCCGUCAUAGCAGUCGAUGAUGAGCGCAAUGGCGAAGUUCCUAAGGCUUUCGUCGUAAAACGAGCCCGGUCUUCCAUAUCCGAUGAAGAUUUGACUCGACAGAUCCACGACAGUUUUCGAGCCCAUAAAUCCCGCUUCAAGUGGUUGAGAGGGGGCAUCGAGAUCCUGACCACAAUACCGAAAAGUCCCAGUGGAAAAAUUCUUCGACGCGCUUUGAAAGAUAAGGAGAGGGAGGCAGCGCUCUAUCGCACCAGAACUUCGAAAAUGUGA